AAGAGCCUCCGAAAGAAGAGCCUCCGAAAGAAGAGCCUCCGAAAGAAGAGCCUCCGAAAGAGCCUCCGAAAGAUGAUAAAAAUGAACCAACACCAACAAAAGAUCCAAAAGAUGAACCAAAAUCAACAGACGAACCAAAAAAAAAUGAGCAAAAAGAUAAUCCAAAACCAACAGACGAACCAAAAAAUCCAAAAUCAGACGAACCAAAAAAAAAUGAGCCAAAAGAUAAUCCAAAAUCAACAACUGAACCAAAAAAUCCAGAAUCAACAAAUGAUCCAAAAAAAAAUGAUCCAAAAUCACCAGAACAAAAUGAUCCAGAAUCAACACCUGAACCAAGUAAUCCAGAAUCAACACCUGAACAAGAUAAUGAACCAUCAAACACUGCAGACCCAUCAAACACUGCAGAUUCAUCAAACACUGCAGCAGCAUUUAAUUCUAACUCCGAUCCGUCGGCCGCAGCUUCUACCUCCUCUGGUGCUCCUACGAUG